UUCAAGUAUCCACCGGGAAAACAUGAUAAGAAGGAUGUCUGGAGACUGAAUAUGGGAAACAAAACAUUAUUAGCACACAAAGGAUCUUAGAAUGGGAAAACUGGAUGUCUUUUGAUCAUUGGCAGCUGCAAGUGAAGUGCGUGUUUUGUGAUUUUUUUUUUAGUUUUGUUUUUCAUCACAAUGUGUGAAGCAUGGAUCUGGUUAGGAUGCCAGUUUAUUUUCGAUACAGAAACGAGGAUUGGCAAGUUAUCAGCAUGAAUUAGUGAGGGCGAAAACAAAAAAAAAAUUUAUGUCAAUGUUAAACUGGACUCAGGAGGACCGACCAUGGUAAAAAGGAAGGGACUGUUGUUUUCACUUCUGUACUUCAUGGCAGAGUUUUGGUUCACUUCGCAGCAAGUCCUAAGAAUUGGGGGCAUCUUUGAGACACUUGAAAAUGAGCCCAUUAGUGUUGAAGAACUGGCCUUUAAAUUUGCUGUAACCAACAUAAAUAGGAACCGGACCUUGAUGCCAAACACCACACUGACCUAUGACAUUCAGAGAAUAAAUUUAUUUGACAGUUUUGAGGCCUCAAGAAGAGCCUGUGACCAGUUGGGACUGGGAGUCGGAGCAGUUUUUGGGCCCUCCCACAGCUCAUCAGUCAGUGCCGUUCAAUCUAUAUGUAAUGCCCUGGAAGUCCCUCACAUUCAAACACGAUGGAAACACCCUUCAGUGGACAACAAAGACAGUUUCUACAUUAACCUUCAUCCUGAAUAUGCCUCAAUAAGCAGAGCUGUGCUGGACAUAGUGCAGUACUAUAAGUGGAAAGCAGUCACUGUAGUCUAUGAGGAUGCAACUGGACUGAUCCGUUUGCAAGAGUUGAUCAAAGCUCCAUCAAGAUACAGCAUUAAAAUCAAGAUCCGGCAGCUUCCGUCAGGAAGCAAAGAUGCCCGUCCUCUUCUGAAAGAGAUGAAGAAAGGGAAGGAGUUCUACGUCAUCUUUGACUGCUCUUACCAAACAUCAGCUGACGUUCUCAAGCAGAUCUUGUCCAUGGGAAUGAUGACUGAAUACUAUCAUUACUUCUUCACGACGCUGGACUUGUUUGCCCUUGACCUGGAGCCAUACCGCUACAGUGGGGUCAACAUGACAGGGUUUAGGUUGCUCAAUGUGGACAGUCCUAAAGUGGCCUCAGUGUUAGAGAGGUGGGCCAUGGAACGACUGCAGGCUCCCUCCAAAGUUGAGACUGGAAUGAUGGAGGGGAUGAUGACAACUGAAGCAGCUCUGAUGUACGAUGCUGUUUACAUGGUGGCUGCUGCCUCACAACGCACCUCCCAGAUCACUGUCAGCUCCCUUCAGUGCCACCGGCACAAACCCUGGCGUUUUGGAUCACGCUUUAUGAACAUGCUCAAAGACGCACAAUGGAACGGUUUGACGGGACUAAUAAUUAUAAACAAGACAGACGGGCUGCGGAAAGACUUUGAUUUAGAUAUCAUCAGCCUAAAGGAGGAUGGCCUGGAGAAGAUUGGUGUCUGGAAUUCCCAGAUGGGUCUUAACUUAACAGAAACCAACAAAGACUCUUCCACAAAUAUCACAGACUCAAUGGCCAAUAGGACUCUUAUUGUAACUACAAUUCUGGAAAAUCCUUAUGUCAUGUACAAAAAAUCUGAUAAACCACUAUAUGGGAAUGACCGCUUUGAGGGUUACUGUCUUGACUUGCUCAAAGAGCUUUCCAACAUUUUGGGCUUCUCCUAUGAGGUAAAGCUGGUGUCAGAUGGCAAAUAUGGAGCUCAGAAUGACAAGGGGGAGUGGAAUGGCAUGGUGCGAGAGCUCAUUGAUCAUGUGGCUGACCUCGCUGUGGCCCCUCUAACUAUCACAUAUGUGAGAGAGAAAGUGAUAGAUUUCUCCAAGCCCUUCAUGACCCUGGGUAUCAGCAUCCUGUACCACAAACCAAAUGGCACCAAUCCAGGAGUGUUCUCCUUCCUCAACCCACUCUCUCCAGAUAUCUGGAUGUAUGUGUUGCUGGCAUGCCUAGGUGUCAGCUGUGUACUGUUUGUCAUUGCCAGGUUCACUCCGUAUGAGUGGUACAACCCUCACCCCUGCAAUCCAGACUCAGAUGUGGUUGAAAACAACUUCACCCUAAUCAACAGUGUCUGGUUUGGAGUAGGAGCACUUAUGCAGCAAGGGUCUGAACUGAUGCCUAAGGCCCUCUCCACCAGGAUAGUUGGUGGAAUAUGGUGGUUCUUUACGCUGAUCAUAAUCUCCUCAUACACUGCCAAUUUGGCUGCCUUCCUCACUGUGGAGAGAAUGGACUCACCAAUUGACUCUGCAGAUGACUUAGCCAAGCAAACCAAAAUAGAGUAUGGUGCUGUAAGAGAUGGCUCUACCAUGACCUUUUUUAAGAAAUCAAAGAUCUCAACCUAUGAGAAAAUGUGGGCAUUUAUGAGCAGCAGGAAAAACACAGCCUUGGUGAAAAACAACCGGGAGGGGAUUCAGAGAGUCCUCACCACAGAUUAUGCUCUUCUCAUGGAGUCUACCAGCAUCGAGUACAUCAGCCAGCGCAACUGCAACCUCACACAGAUUGGAGGCUUAAUAGAUUCAAAGGGCUAUGGUGUAGGAACUCCAAUUGGUUCCCCUUACAGAGACAAGGUCACCAUUGCCAUCUUGCAACUUCAGGAGGAAGGGAAGCUACACAUGAUGAAGGAGAAAUGGUGGAGAGGGAAUGGCUGCCCAGAAGAAGACAGCAAAGAGGCCAGUGCCCUGGGUGUUGAGAACAUUGGUGGAAUCUUCAUUGUGUUGGCAGCUGGACUUGUUCUGUCAGUCUUUGUAGCUAUUGGAGAAUUUAUUUACAAAUCCAAAAAGAAUUUGGACAUCGAGGAGGUGAGCGUUGGCCAGUGCGAAUGGCACAACAAAUAUUAACACAUUAGGCCACUCAAAGACUUUUAUGCACCUAGCCAGACAUUUGUGUUAUCGUUGUCUUCACUGGACUACAGUCAUCAGAGGGCAAAUAAAAAAAUUAAGUCUGAAUGUGUUAAACUGCAUUGUUACAAUCAAAACAUGUUUUUAAUGCGGAGUUUUGUGUUUCUAGUAGUGUUUAUGUAGAACACACAAAGUUGUUAGUCAUGAUUGAAAGAAUACGUUAGAAUCUCUGUUGGAUAACUGAUGGUUGAUCCCUCAUGACUUAAUGAUAAAUGACCAUCUGGGCCUUGUUGGGGUUUUUUAUUUGUAAAAGCAUUGUAACAUUGUUAUGAGAGAAAUGUUACUAUCAUGACAUGGUAUGGUGGGCAAAUGGUCUGUGGUAUAAUUUUGGACUUUAUUGCCAUAUUCAUUUUAAUAACUACAGCAGGUUUGUACUUCUAAUAUUACACUUCAUAGAAACUGAUUGACAGGUGUUUCCAAAUUGUUUAUGAAUGAGUGUUCCCUCAAUAUAUUAUUCAUGGAGUUUUGCUUUUUUUUCUUCUGUUUUUGUUUUAAAUUUAUAAAGAUACAUGUAUAAGUUUUGUCAUGUUGGAACUGUUUCAGAAUGACUAAAGUUACGUGAAAAAAUGACGUCUUUUCACCUGUGCUCUUUGGUUGUUUUGGUUUUGAUCUUUCCUAGUUGUGUUCUCAGCUAGUUCCUUUACUGAAUAGAGAUGCUGUUAAUAUUAAAAAAUGCAGGAGUUUCA